CGUGUUUAACAAAAAAAACAAAACAGUUGUUAGCAAUGUCUGACUUUACUGUCAUGUGUAACUGGCUACUUUUCACACUGUUACGAAUAUAACCAAAUAACUCUGUGACGUACGAGUCACUUUAUAAGCUGAGUAUGUGGUGAUUGAGAUUCCCCUCUGCGUCGGUACAGGAUGACGAGCUGCUGCGGCUACAGCAAGAGAGACUUUAGGGAAGAGCCAAAAGUCUAAAUAUUCAGCAUUCAGCGGACACCUCGGCAUCUGUGUGUUUUCCAGCCAGCAGCAUGUGGACGUCUCUGCCAGUCCUCUUGCCCCUAAUCGUUUUAGUCUUCUCCGGGUGCAAGAGCGCUUCGAAGUUCCCCUGUCCGAGGAUCUGCCGCUGCUUCUCCAACACAAUCAGAUGCAACAAUUUGACACAAGGGUCUGCGCGGAUGAUGGACCACAGAGAUAAAAGGCUGUUUUUCUAUCACUUGUCCUUACACACUAUUUCAAGCCGUUCUUUUGAGGGGUUGAAAGGAGUCCAGAGAAUAGAGAUUGCUCAGAGCGUGACCCUGGAAACUAUUGAGACAUUAGCGUUUAAUAACCUUCUCAGCCUUUCUGAAAUCUCAAUCCAGAACACCAGGAGUCUGAUGCACAUUGGCAGAAGGACAUUUAACAACCUUCCUAAACUGCAUUAUUUGAGCAUCUCAAAUACUGGGUUGACAGUUUUUCCUGAUAUUACGUCGAUUAAUUCUCUUGAAUCAGAGUUUAUCUUGGAUAUCUGUGACAACUUGUACCUACUGGAAAUACCUCCAAACGCUUUCAUUGGAAUGACGAAAGAAUAUGUUACAAUGAACAUGUACAACAAUGGCAUCAGAGAAAUACAUGACCAUGCCUUCAACGGGACAAAGAUAGAUAAGCUGGUAUUAAAGAAUAAUCGAAACCUCAGAGUGAUCCACAGAGAUGCCUUCAAAGGAGCCACAGGCCCUGGAGUCUUGGACGUGUCUGCCACAGCUCUCACAAAGUUACCAGCACAGGGACUGGAGUCAGUUCUGGUGUUGUUAGCUCAGUCAGCGUACGCCUUGAAGAGUCUGCCUCCUCUUCAGGGACUGUGGAGUCUACGAGAGGCCCAUCUCACCUACAACAGUCACUGUUGUGCACUGCUGAGCUGGAACACUGACAGGGACCUUCCCAUCCAUUCUGCAGGGAAUAAUGGCUCUACAUAUUGUGAUGAGAGUGACCCAUCAGCAAGGGUUCAGCAUGUGAUUGGAGGUUCAGCAGACAUGACCUUUGUCAAAGAUAUGCCAUUUUUUUCAGACGUCAAUCUGUUUAUGGAGGAUGAAGGCUUUGGAGAUGUGAAUUUCCACUAUCCAGAACUAGACCUCUGUCAGACCCAAUCGACUUUGGUUUGUACACCUGAAGCAGAUGCUUUCAAUCCCUGUGAGGACAUCGCAGGGUUCAGUUUUCUCAGAGUGGCCAUUUGGUUUAUCAACAUACUGGCCAUCACAGGUAACCUGACAGUCCUCCUGGUCUCCUUCGCCAGCCGGAACAAGCUGACCGUGUCUCGUUUUCUCAUGUGCCACCUGGCUUUUGCAGACUUCUGCAUCGGGAUCUACCUCUUGAUGAUAGCCACAGUAGACUUGCGCACACGUGGUCACUACAGUCAGCAUGCUAUUGAAUGGCAGACAGGGCCUGGCUGUAGUGCUGCAGGCUUCCUGUCUGUGUUUGGUGGGGAGCUGUCAGUCUACACACUUUCCACCAUCACCCUGGAGCGCUGGCACACCAUCACCAAUGCUCUGCGGAUAGAGCGACAUCUGGUACUCACGCAGGCGGCAAGUAUAAUGGCGACUGGAUGGCUCAUCUGCCUGGGGAUGGGGAUGCUGCCCCUGGUUGGUGUGAGCAGUUAUGCCAAAGUGAGCAUGUGCUUACCCAUGGAUAUAGAGACACCUCUGGCUCAGGCCUUCAUCAUAAUUAUCCUGCUCUUCAACGUGGGUGCCUUUGUUGUUGUGUGUGUUUGUUAUGUGCUGAUCUAUCUGGCUUUAAAGAACCCUGAGUUACCCAGAAGAAGUGCUGACACCAAGAUUGCAAAGCGCAUGGCCGUGCUCAUCUUCACAGAUUUUCUCUGCAUGGCGCCCAUCUCCUUCUUUGCCAUCUCUGCAGCGUUCAAGGUUCCCCUCAUCACAGUUACCAACUCCAAGAUUCUGCUGGUCCUCUUCUUCCCCAUCAAUUCUUGUGCCAAUCCUUUCCUUUACGUCAUCUUCACCAAGGCUUUCAGAAAGGAUGCAUAUCAGCUCAUGAGUGCCAUGGGCUGCUGUAAAAGCAAGGCCAGGAUUUAUCGCAUGAAGGCCUACUAUGGCAAAAAUGCAUUCAAGAACAACUUGGGAUCCAGUAAUAAAAGAUCAAGCCCAGGAGUCAGGCUGGCUGUGAUGGCAGGGCAGAGCCAUCACGUGAAAGAGGAGGUAGAGCUGACCUGAAAUAAGAAAAAGAAAUGCAAAAUUCUUUUAGACUAUUAGGACGGAAGAUCAAGGAAAUUGAGGAAUAAGAAGCUGGAUUUGGUGGAAAUUAUUUACUUGUAGGCAUGUUGAUGACAUUAGUGACACAUUCCAUUCUGCACUGUAGGAGACAGUCAUAUUAUUUAUUAGAAAAUAUACACAAAUCUUAUUUAGUAAGUUGUGAAAACUGUAGAGAGCCUUGUUCUAUCAAGUCAGAUAUCAGUUCAGCACACUGACUGGGACGUUUUUCAUGGGCGACAUAAGAGGAAAAGUGCAAACAAACCUAAUAAGACUGAUGAUGGCUCUGUUCAGUUAAGUGUGCUAUCACUCACUGCAUCAGUCCCACCUGUAGCUUCCCUGCUUAUCACGUUUCCUUUGCAAAAGUCCUAUGGUGAGGUGAACAUUAAGAAAAAAUCUGCAGAGGCAAACUCGAGAACAGCUAUCAGUUGGACCUCAAUGGAUCCUCUUUGUUUGGUCAGCUAUGAACUUUCAAUCUCAAUCUUUAAUUGGAUGAGCUAAAUGGACAAAAUGUCCUUAAAAACACUUCUAUGAUAAACUGAGACUGAGUGAUCACCUUCAUCCUGCCUUCAUCUCCAAGCAGUUGUUGUUGUUUUAUUGCA